AUGUCAUUCAGAGAGAGCCAGCUGACAGCUACGCUGCUGACCUCCAUAGUGGCUGCAGUGUUCGGGUCCCUCCAGAUCGGAUACCACACAGGGAAUGUUAAUGCUCCAGCCAGGAUCAUAGAAGAGUUCUUCAAUGUUACAUGGAGAUCACGGCACAAUCAGUCCAUGCCAGACCACAGCCUUACCUUUCUAUGGUCCCUUUCUGUCAGUAUUAAGGAUUUUGGAGCUCUGCUGGGAUCACUAGGGGUUAAAGGCCUAGCAGAUUCCUUUGGCAGGAGGAAUGCUAUCCUGAUAGUGAAUGCAUUGUCCAUAGUGGGUGCUGGCUUGAUGUUUGCCAGCAAGGCUACUCAAUCCUUUGAGGUGCUCAUUGUGGGCAGGUUGAUCUUCGGGCUCUUCUGCGGGCUUGUGAUGAGCCUGAACCCUCUAUAUAUUCAGGGAGUCUCCCCCACUGACCUACGUGGUGCUUUUGCGACUUUGAAUCAAGUCUCUUUUGCGUCUGGCAUUCUUCUGGGCAUGGUAGUGGGUUUGGAAACAGUGCUUGGCACAGAGAAGCACUGGGCUAUGAUGCUCUCUCUGUCCCUCAUUCCAGCCACACUGCAGUAUCUGACCCUUCCAUUCUGCCCAGAGAGCCCACGCUACCUUUUUAUUAACAGGGGCAAAGAGAGAGAAGCAGAGGCGGCUUUGCAAAGGUUACGUGGAAGACGAGACAAAGUAAUCCAUGAGCUGGAGGAAAUGAAGGAGGAGGCUGCACACAGUGAAACGGGGGUGACGGUCAGAGAAUUCCUCAUGAAGCGUCGCUACAGACAACCCAUAAUCCUUGUUCUCAUCAUAAACCUGGGCAGCCAGUUAUCAGGGUUCAAUGCGAUAAUAAAUUAUUCAACUAAAAUGUUCUCCAAGUCGAGAUUUGAAGAGGCAAAAUAUCUGACGAUUGGAGUUGGGGCAGUCAAUGUUGCAUUCACCAUAGUAGCAUUCUUCCUGGUGGAAAGAGCAGGGCGCAGGAAGUUGCUCCUCACUGGCUUCCUGUCACUUGCUGCGUGUAACCUGCUAAUGACCAUCACAGAUGCUAUAUUGCCAUUUGUGCCAGAUAUCCGCAACGUCCAGGUUCUGGUCGUCUUUUUCCUUAUUUCGGCCUAUGAGGUUGGACCGGGGCCCAUUUCUUGGUUUAUCGCUGCAGAGCUUUUCGACCAGUCAGCUCGUCCCAUUGCUAUGGCUUUCACCAGUAUGCUAAACUGGGGUGGAAAAUUUCUGUUGGCCCUUCUCUUCCCACCACUACUGAAAUUUUGUGGGCCCUAUGUCUACCUCCUCUUCAUGACAAUGGCCAUAGUGGCAUUCACCUAUACAAUGAUUCGCCUUCCUGAAACCAAAGGACGCACAUUUGACGACAUUGCAGCAGAAUUCCGUGGGGCUGAGGGCAUUCCCCUGCACAACAAGACAAGCUUUAAUACAUUCACUUGA